AACUGUCAGUACUCGAUGGCAACGUUCAGCACAUCCGAGCGAAAGCAGCGACAAAGGGGUGAUUACAGGUCUCAGGAGAUCACUAGUAAUCUGCGCCAAGUGUUUGAAAACGCCAUUUUGACGGAACUGUUCCCUCACUCGCAAAUCGAUAUCUUCGUGGAAGUGCUGCAAUCGGAUGGCAGUAAUUACAGCGCGUGCGUCAAUGCGGCCACUCUGGCCAUCAUUCACGCCGGCAUUCCCAUCAAAGACGUGGUCUGCGCCUGUUCUGCAUCCAUGGUUAACGACCACUCCUUGGUUGACGUCAAUUAUCUGGAAGAGUCGGUCGGUUCCGGACCUAUAAUGACGAUCGCAUUACUCCCCAAAAGCAAACAAAUCCUGUCCAUGGAGUCGAGCGGUCGAAUGCACGCCACAGCUGUUCCGCAAGUGAUGGACUCAGCGAUGACCGGCUGUCAGGAAAUACUUCAAGUGAUGAAAGCGUCGAUUUUAAGUCAUAUCAAAGAACUGAAUAAACAAUAA